UACCUACCAGGAGGCAGGGCGAAGUGAUGGACCAGGUGGUCCCUGCAAUCUCCUCUUCAAAAGCAUCAUGAUAAAUAAAAUCCAUUUCUCUAGUAUAAUUAAGGGUGACAUGGAGUGGGUCAGUGGGGGGAGAGUAGGGAUGGAGUGACAGUAGCCAUGGCUUCCAGCUCUGAAACAGAGAAAAAAUAUGUUCAACCUCUUAAACGCAGCAGCAGCUAUGAAAUCCUACUACCUCACAUGUCGGAGAUGAGGAUGGUUCUGCUGGGAGGCAGCUGGUCUGAGAGGAGUUCAGUGGGGAACUUCAUACUGGGAGUGGAUGCUUUUAAUAAAGAACUUCAGUCCUGUUCGAGAAUCAGUGGAACAGAGAAAGAGGACAAAAUAGUCGUCAUCAAUACUCCAGAUCUGCAGUUUCCUACAGCAGACAAACUGACAGAGUUUCUAAAAGAUUGUACGAGUGUCUCUGAUCCUGGACCUCAUGUGUUCCUGUUGGUUCUGCAGCCUGAAACUUUCACUGAGGAACAGAAAGAUAUUCUCUGCAGAGUGCUCCAGAGUUUCAAUGAUCAAUCAUUUAAUCAUUCACUGAUUCUGAUUUUACCUUCCAGACAGGAAAGUUCAGGUUUGAUGGAAGAUUACAUGAAACAGCCUCCGUUAAAGGAGAUGAUCAGAAAAUGUAGAUACAGAUAUCUGAUGAAGAAGAACCUUGAACUUCCAGAGCUGCUAACACGCUGCGGUCAGAUUGUUAAAGAGAUCAACGGAGAACAUGUUAAGUUUGAGGAAACUACAGACAGUUUACCAGAUGAUCAUCGAAGUCUAACACAGAGGACAACACCAGGUUCCUUCAUGGCUGCUGCUACAGAUGCUGGUGCUGAUGAGCAGCGGAGCUCCGAGAGUCUCAGAAUCGUUCUGACCGGAAGAAUCGGCAGUGGAAAAAGUUCAUCAGGAAACACCAUUCUGGACAGUAAAACAUUCAAAUUUAAAUCCAGUCAACAUUCUGUUACCAAGAGCUGCCAAAAAGGCCAUACCAUGGUGGACGGUCGUCCUGUUGCCGUGGUCGACACACCUGGUCUGUUUGACAACAGUUUGUCUAACGACCAAGUCGGUGAGGAGAUGGUGAAAUGCAUGAGUCUUCUGGCUCCAGGACCACAUGUCUUCCUGCUGGUGAUACAGAUUGGCAGACUUACACCAGAAGAGAAGGAGACAUUACAACUCAUCAAGAAGGUUUUUGGGAAGAACUCUGAGAAGUUCACCAUCGUUCUUUUCACAAGAGGAGAUGAUCUGGAACAUGAGGAACUGUCCAUUGAAGAUUACAUAGAAAAUAAUUGUGAAGACUCAUUUAAGAAGCUGAUCUCUGACUGUGGAGGAAGAUACCACGUGUUUAAUAACCGAGAGAAACAGAACCGAUCGCAGGUCCAUGAGCUGAUCAGAAAGAUCGACACCAUGGUGACGGAAAACGGAGGAAGCUACUUCACCAAUGAGAUGCUGCAAGAUGCUGAAGCAGCGAUACGGAAAGAAAUGGAGAGACUCCUGAAGGAGAAUGAAGAGAUGAAGAGACAGAUGGAAGAGCUUGAACACAAACACGAGAAAGAAAAGGAAGAAAUGAAAAGAAGAAUGGAAGAAGAGAGAGCAGCAAUGGAAAAGGAAAGAAAACAGAAAGCUGAACAACUGAAUGAAAUGAAGAAGAACAUCGAAAAGGAGCGUGAGCAAAAGAAAAGAGAGCAGAAAACCAGAGAAGAAGAAGAAAAGAGAAGAAAAGAGGAGGAAGAACGACAACAGAAGAAGUGGGAUCAAGAACGAGAAGCUUUGGAGACAAAAAUCAGGUCAGAAUCAGAAGAAAAGGACACGAUUGACAGAAAACUGGAAGAGAGCAGAAAAGAGAUGGAAGAAAGACGGAAAGCCUGGGAGAAAGAACGAAAAGAGUGGUGGGAAAACCGACAACGAGAAGAUGAAGAGAGACGUCAAGAGGACAGAAAUCUAGAAAAGCUUCAAGAUGAAUUUGAGCAGGAGAGAGAAAAAUAUGAAAAUAAAAUAAAAGAAGAUGAUAAAAAAAUAAAAGAACAGCAGAAAGAAAAACAAGAAUUAGAGAAAAACUACAAGAAACUAAUGGAGGACAUGAAGAAGAAACAUGAAAAGGAGAAAACAAAACAAGGACCUGAAGGACCUGAAGGACCUGAAAGGGAAACAUGA